AUGUGGGAGAAAACAUUCCUGCUGCUGCUUCACAGCGUGGAAGCUGUCGUGGCGUCUCAGUGCUGGCAGGGUGCGACCUUCUCUGAGGCUGUCGUGUCUCCAGCAGUGGAGAGCAGCGGGAUCCUGCGUGUGCCCGGCGUGGCGUCCUUGCCGCAGUGCGUGGCGGCGUGCUGCGACCUGCUGGGCUACGACCUGGCGUGGCUGUUCGAGGGCCGCUGCUAUGUCCUGAGUUGUCAGCAGAGAGAGAACUGCCGGCCCCGAGAGAGACCUGGCGCCGAUUCCUUCCUUGCCUUCCUGCGCCGGGCAACGCCGCAGACGCUGGUGCUGCAGUCUCUGGUGAGAGGGCAGCCGUACGCCGGCCGCUGGACGCCCCUCUCUCAGUCCUCUGAAGCCCCCGGGGACCUGGACGCCCUGAAGGAUCUUGCCCUCUUUGACCUGCCCCAACAGGGCUUCUCCAACCCCGGGAUGCUUGACGAGGAGUACUCGGAGGAGGGCCAAGAGGAGAGGGCCGGCUCGGAGCUGGAGUCUUUAAAGGGAAGAGACAGAUUCAACCAAUCAGACGUUGAGGACAUUCCAGAGAGGGGACUGACGGAGGGCAGUGUGGCCCAGAUUGGAGCCUCCUCUGAGGGAAACAUGAGUCGAAGAGAUGAGGACAGAACAAGGAGGCCGACUGAUCCUGCUGCUGCAGAGAUAACAGAAUGUCGAUCAUUGACGGAGUCUCCUGGAAACCCUGCAGAGCAAGCGUCACCUACCGUGAAACUCGCUGCCUCAGUUACCCCUGAACCCACUAAAGACAUGCUGAAGUUGCUGCAGUCUGCACCCGAAGCUCCACAGACCACCACCCACCUGCCGGCCUGGACCAUGACCUCUGACCCCCCCACUGCCUCCUCAGCUGCCAGCAUUUACCCUCCGACCAUGACCUCACCAACGGCUGCUGAGUCAGUAUCGGAGGUCGGAGGGUCAAACCGUGGUCCGGUGGCCGUCGUGGGUCCUGACAGGACCCUGUUUCUCCCAGUGAGCAGCGUGUUGCUCAACGGCAGCGGCAGCACCGACGACCGAGGCGUCAGCAGCUACCACUGGGAGGUGGUCAGUGGUCCUCCAGGUCUGAAGCUGGAAGACGUGGAUCAGGCUGUAGCCACGCUGACGGGUGUUCGAGUUGGACGCUACACCUUCAAACUGACGGUGUUUGACCAGGAGGGGGCGACAGACAGUGCCUCGCUGACUGUCAGGGUCCAGGAAGCCACAAGUCUUCCUCCGGUCGCCCACGCCAGCGGCAGCCACACCUUGAUUCUGCCAAACAACAGUCUGGUCCUCCGAGGCUCCGUAACCAACGGAGACCAGAGCAACGUCCACUACAGGUGGACCAGAUACAGCCAGAGUCCUGCAGCUGGGGAUGUGCUGUACGGCUCGGACUCUGAGGCCUCUCUCUACCUGACCAACCUGGUGGAAGGAACGUACCUGUUCCAGCUGAAGGUGACUGACGCCCAGGGCCGCUCCAGUUCCGCUACAGCCACCGUGGAGGUCCGACCAGAACCUGGCGGCGGUGAGCAGGUGGAGCUGGAGAUGCUGGUGUCGGUAUCGCAGGUCAGCGUGGCUCAGAAGGACACGGUGGUCCGACAGCUCGCCGCCCUGAUCCACGUCCUGGACAGCGACAUCCAGGUCCGAGCACUGCAGGGACACUCCCACCUCAGCACGGUCUUGAGGUUUUCUGUUCGGGGCCCCUCGGGGCCCCUCUCUGGCUCCAAGUUGGUGAGCCUUCUGAGGAACCAGCUGCUCAGAGAGAAGAGCGACUACCUGUUGUUCAGAGCCCUGAGAGUCGACACCGUCUUGUGUUUGCUCCGCUGUUCGGGGCGUGGCCAGUGUGAUCCAAUCACCAAGCAAUGUGCUUGCGACCCCUUCUGGACCGAGAACCUGAUUCGUCGUUACCUUGGUGAUGGAGAGAGCAACUGUGAGUGGAGAGUCCUGUACGUCAUCCUGACCAGCUUCGUGCUCGUGGUCUUCAUCCUGUCGGUCAGCUGGACCUUCAUCUGCUGCUGCAAGAGAAGGCGACAGACCAAAGUGCGAAAGAAAACGAAGUACACCAUCCUGGACAACAUGGACGAGCAGGAGAGGGUGGAGCUCAGACCAAAAUUCAGUAUCAAACACCGCAGCACAGAGCACAACUCCAGUCUCAUGAUGUCGGAGUCGGAGCUGGACAGCGACCAGGACACCAUCUUCAGCCGGGACCGGCCAGUCCGCAGCAGGAACCGGAUCAGCGCCCAUGCCGCCCGCAAUGGAAACGCCUUUGGAUGA